UGCUUCUGGAUAUAAUACAUUGACGCGGUGUUGGCGCCGACCCUUUUCCCUUUGUUGCGUUGUUUGCUUGCUUGUUAAGUCCGUCAUCUUAUUUUAACUACUCCACCUUCCUUCUUCCACCUGCUUUCUCCCCUCGCCUAUGUCCUAAACAUUGAUUACUAUAUAUAUAUAGAAAUCUACUCCUCCAUCCAAUCCAAUCUUGUAUUGUAUCUUCUAUAUAUUGUCCCAUCUCAUAUUCUCCUCCAUUCAAAUUAACUGAUUCCAUCCCUAUUCCAUUCAACACCAUCAUGAGCAGCUACAACCAAAACCAGGCUCCAGUGGCAUAUCCCUACCCAGGAGCACAAGCACAGCCACAACCCCCUGCUUACACCCCUCCAGCACCGCCUGCCGGAUAUCCCGUCAGAGACGCGGCUCAAGUCUCCGAUUCCGCUCCGGCACCCGGCAAAACUACGUCCAGACACGAUGGCUUCUGGAAGGGCUGCUGUGCGGCCUUGUGUUGCUGUUGUGUGUUGGACGCCUGCUUUUGACGGACGACCACCGACACACAGAUGAUGACGACGACACCAUUUUCUUCUUCCGCGCGUGGCAUCUUUCAUUCUUUCUUUGUUCGUUUCUAGUUCAUGGCUUGGACUUCCUGUUACGUUCAACUUAGUUGUGUGACUAUAUAGGUACUAAAAAUUCGUAUGUUGAAUUGUUGAUGUGGGAUUUUUCAGCAGUAGCGUUACAUCUUCUCCUAGUCCUACUCCUGGAUUAAUCUCAUCUCAUGAUCAUCAAUCCUAUUAUUUUACAGUUGGAAUCCUUGGCAUAAAUAUAAAAGUGAUACUGAAUUGUCACCGGAAAAGUGACACUAAGGAUCCCGUGUGUUUAUUUUAUGAGUUGGAUGUGCACCAUUGUCAGAUUGAUGAAUAAGAAUCCCCCAAUUAUUAUUUAUUAUUA